GUACCCCGAGGGACCGAGUGACGACCGAGCGCGAUGGGCCGCCGUCUGUCCGUGUGGCUGUGCACCGUCGCGGCGCUGCUCUCGGGGGCGCAGGCCAGGGGCACCCCGCUCCUCGCGCGGCCCGCACAGCCCAGUGCCUCCCGUUACAGCCUCUACACCACCGGAUGGCGUCCUCGGCUGCACCCGGGGCCGCACAAGUCUCUCUGUGCCUAUGUGGUACACAGGAAUGUGACCUGCGUCCUACAAGAAGGAGCAGAGAGCUAUGUAAAGGCUGAGUACCGGAACUGUGGGUGGGGGCCCAACUGCCCCUCAACAGUCAGGUACCGCACAGUGUUCAGACCCAGAUACAAGAUUGGCUACAAGACCGUGACAGACCUGGCCUGGCGCUGCUGCCCUGGUCUUACUGGGGAAAGCUGCCCUGAACACCUCACAGAACACGGAGCCACCCCACCCCACCAGGAGCCAGAGCCUCAAAUUCCCUUGGGGCAGCUGGGCCCAGGUCCCAGGCCUUCUCCUUACAGCAGAGAGUCCCCACGCCCCCGUGGAAGAAAAGACCAAGGGCUGUUUGGUGAGCGGCUAGAACGGCACCUGUCGCAAGUAUAUGGCCCUCUGAGUGGAUUGGUGGCCAGCCACGAGGAUCCCAAUAGGAUCACUGGUGACGCCAGGGCUCCUGUCGUACCUAUAGGCUUUGGGGUCAUCCCUGAGGGGCCUGUGAACCCAGAAGACAGAGGCAGAGGACCACUCAUCCCUCCUCUGAGUGAGAUCCUGAGCAAGGUCACAGAGGUGAGCAACACAUUACAGACCAAGGUGCAGCUGUUAGACGAGGUGCGUGGGCUGGCCCUGGGGCACGAGGCUCACCUGCAGCGGCUCCGGGAAGCCCCGCCAUCCCCGCUGACCUCCUUAGCGCUCCUGGAGGAAUACGUGGACCAGCGGCUGCAGCGACUCUGGGGGAGCCUGCUGGAUGGCUUUGAGCAGAAGCUGCAAGGUGUCCAGAGCGAGUGUGACCUUCGGGUGCAAGAGGUGCGGCAGCAGUGUGAGGAGGGCCAGGCAGCCAGCCAGCGCUUGCACCAGAGCCUCGAUGGCCGGGAGCUGGCCUUGCGUCGGGAGCUCUCCCAGCUGGGCACUCAGCUACAGGGCCUGACUCUGACUGGUGGGGGUACCUGCUGCAGCCAACUGGCUUUGAUCAGUGCCCGGGUGGACAGCCUUGAGAGGAACCUGCAGGCUGUCACUGAGACCCAAGGCAGCCCGGGCACCCUGGCUGCGGAUGAGCUUGAGCGCCUCUCUGCAGCCUUGCUUCAAGGAGGGGUGGAUGGGAUGCUUGAAGGCCUUGAGACUAUCAACGGGACAGAGAAUGGAGCAAGGGGCUGCUGUCUGAGAAUGGAGGUGGGGGGCUGGGGUGUCGGUGGCUUCGGGUCCACGCUGGAAGAGCGAGUGCAGAGCCUGGAGGAGCGGCUGGCAACCCUGACCGGAGAGCUAAGCCCCGAGAGUGCCAUACCGAACAGAUCAGCGCGGCCGCUUGUUCAUUCAGAACUAGCAGUGCUGGAACAAAGGCUGGUGUCCCUGGAGGCCUCGUGCACCCCAAGUACCACCACAGCCAUCCUGGACAAGCUUGUGGCAGAGGUGAAGGCCUGGCAGAGCCGGAGCGAGGCUCUCCUACACCAGGUGGCCCGUCACACUGCCCUGCUCCAACAGCUCAAUGGCACAGUAGCUGAAGUCCAGGGGCAGCUGGCGGAAGGGACAGGCAGCUCACUCCAAGGGGAGAUCACUCUCUUGAAAGUCAACCUGAACUCAGUGAGCAAGUCACUCACAGGCCUCAGCGACUCCGUCAGCCAGUACUCUGAUGCCUUCUUGUCUGCCAACACAUCCCUGGAUGAACGAGAACGAAGAGUGGAAGCCGAGGUCCACGCCAUCCAGGAACAGGUCAGCAGCCAGGGCUCAAGGCUUCAGGCUGGCCACAGGCAGGUCCUGAACCUGCGAGGGGAGCUGGAACAACUCAAGGCUGGCGUGGCCAAUGUGGCAGGAGGAUUGAGCCGCUGCCGGGACACAGCCCAGGAACUCAAGCAUACAGUGAGCCACUUUGACCAGAGGGUGGCCCAAGUGGAAGAAGCGUGUGAGAGGCUGGGCCUGUUGGCAACCCACCUGAACAGUCUGCCUACUGAGCAGCUGAGGUCCAGGGAAGGCCUGUGGGGACACAUACACAAGCUGAACCACACAUUGGCCCAGCACACGCAGGACAUCGCCCGGCUCCGGGAUGACCUGUUGGACUGCAGAGCUCAGCUGGCUGAGGUGAGGCCAGGACGAGCCGUCUAG